AUGGAGCUGGCCCUGCCUGCCAUCCUAUUUAUCCUUUUUCCUGGAGCCCUUUUGGGGGGCGAGAACCUCAGAUUCUACAGUCUGUCUCCUGUGACAGACAGUAGUAGCACUAACCUGGAUUCAGUGUGUGGACGUCCCAGGGCUUCAGGCCGCAUCGUGUCAGGAGAAGAUGCCCAGCCAGGCCAAUGGCCUUGGCAGGUCAGCGUGAGAGAGAAUGGGGAGCACGUGUGUGGGGGCUCCCUGAUUGCUGAGGACUGGGUGUUGACUGCUGCCCACUGCUUCAGCCAGGACCAGCCCUUGUCUGCCUACAAAGUACUGCUGGGUACCAUCUUCUCCUACCCUGAGUCCAGUGAGCCCGGUGAGCUGAGAACUGUGUCCCAGUUUAUCAAGCACCCGAGCUAUUCAGCAGAUGAGCACAGUAGUGGAGACAUUGCUCUGGUGCAGCUGGCUUCAUCCGUCUCCUUCAGUGACUACAUCCUUCCAGUCUGCCUUCCGAAACCUGGAGACCCCCUGGGCCCAGGCACCCAGUGUUGGGUCACUGGCUGGGGAGACAUUGCCACCAAUCAACCUCUCCCACCACCUUUUACCCUGAAGGAGUUGCAGGUGCCUCUUAUUGAUGCUCGAACCUGCAAUGCCUACUACCAGGAGAACUCCGUUUUCAACACAGAGCCCGUCAUCUUUGAAGACAUGCUGUGUGCUGGCUUCGAGGAAGGCAAGAAGGAUGCCUGUAAUGGUGAUUCUGGAGGUCCCCUGGUCUGUGACAUUAAUGGUGUCUGGAUCCAGGCAGGGUUGGUGAGUUGGGGAUCCGACUGUGCUCUGCCCAAGAGACCAGGUGUGUACACCAAUGUCAGCGUCUACAUCUCAUGGAUUGAGAACACAUUGUGGAACUCAACCCCAGAAGUAAAGAGUUUCUCUCUGAGCCUUUCAGUGACCUCAGUCUCUGGCCAGUUCCUGUUCCUGGCAUCCCUGGCUAGCUCCUUCCUCUUCCUGGGGCCCUAA